AAAAUUGAAAAAUUUUCCCAACAAGACCCCCUCAAAUACAAAUCUCGAAAAUGGGGAAACUUUACCCCAAAAUUUUGGCUCAAUAUCUCCCGCUAUAGCGGGCGAAUGAAAUUCAAAAAGCGCGCGCGGCCUCGUCUUCAAUUCUCAAAUACCCCCACUCUUGACCCAAAUUGAAAUUCAAUCUCAGACUAGAGCCACAGAAUUGUCUGAAUCUGAGAGCAACAAGAUCCCAGCCUCGAGCAAAUGGCCGGAGUUCGUGUCGUCGGUGGCCGGAUCUACGAUUCCGAGAACGGAAAAACCUGUCACCAGUGCCGGCAGAAGACUAGGGAUUUUGUGGCGUCGUGUAAGAAUCUGAAGAAGAAUGCUCGCUGCACCAUUAGCUUUUGUCAUAAAUGUCUCUCGAACAGAUAUGGAGAGAAGGCUGAAGAGGUGGAGCUUUUGGAGGACUGGAAUUGCCCCAAAUGUAGGGGGAAUUGUAAUUGUAGUUUCUGCAGGAAGAAACAAGGCCUCAAACCCACUGGUCUACUUGUUCACACGGCCAAGGAAGGUGGGUUUGGUUCGGUUUCGGAGAUGUUGACUGCGAGAGGACCAGAGAAUUUUGGUAUUGAGAGGAAGGUUGCUGAGAAGGUGGCUGUCGAUGGAAAGGAGAAUUCUGUUGAUCAAAAGGUUGAGGCCAGCCUGAAUUCAACACAAAAUCCUGAGGAGGGACAAGUCAAGAAAACAAAGAGGAAAGGAUUGAAGGAAAUCCGUAAUGGCAGCAGGGACGAUCCUAAAGUCUCCGAGGAUGGCAGCAGGGAUGAUCCUAAAGUCUCCAAGGAUGUUGCUGUAAAAGAAGUGAAAUCAAGAAAGAGAAAAAAUAAAGAUCGAAGAGAAGAAGCAGAUGAUGCGAAACUGCAAGGUGAAGAAGUUCAAAAUGUUGUGAACAACAAUGAUGUCAAGAGGAAGAAAAAGGCCAAGGACAAGGUCAAGAGUAGCAAAGAGACUUGCAGAGUUGAGGAAUGCACCAAGAAUAUUCUGAACAAAAAAGUUGAGCCUGAGCUUCCUUUGCCUGAGGGCAUUCCCUUAACAAGUGUCUUGGGAAUUGAACUGCCUCCUGAGGAUGCUGGAAACGCUCUGCAAUUUAUGGAAUUUUGUUCAGCUUUUGGAGAGGUUCUCAAAUUCAAAAAAGCACAGGCUGAAUCGAUACUUGGUGAAUUACUGCGCCAACGAAGUGGGCGAGCUGGCCGCCCUGGACAAUACUCCUCACUUAUUCGGUUUCACAUGCAACUAUUAUCUCUACUACAGGAGGAUAUGGGAGAGGAGCCUUCAUCUAUAGAUGAAAUGAGCCACAAAAAUUCAUGGUUCCAAGAUGUGGGUAAAUGCAUCUCUGAAUCUGAGUCCGAACACCUUUUGAAGGAACUGCCUACAGAUUGUUUCAGUAGAGGUGGUGCUGGAUAUGAUAUCUUAGACCUCUCUCAGAAGCUCAGACUCUUAACUUACCUUUGUGAUGAGGUGAUUUGCACUUCUAAACUGAGGAGCUGGAUAGAAGAACAGCAUGAAAAGAUUGUUGAAAGCGAAAAGGAAGCAAAAGGAAAAGUUAAUGCAGCCAAAGAUAAGGAAAAACUCCUCAAGCGGAAGUUGCAAGAUGAGGUGGCGAAGCUUAUUAUUGCAAAAAAUGGUGCUCCUCUGUCAAUUUCAGAACAUGAAGCUCUUGUUUCACAAAUAAAAAGUGAAGCAGCUCAAGCUCAUGCUGAGUUGCUUGAAGCAGAGGGCAUAGUGCCUAAAAAGAAACAUAGACGUGAUGCUUUAAGAACGGAGCCUUAUCGUGUGGAUGUUGAUGGCCGCAUCUUUUGGAAAUUAAAGGGUUACAACAAUGGAGAAGAUAUCGUGCUUCAAGAUUUGGGGGCCUGGGUUGCAGUUGUAUCUAAAGAAGAAUGGUUUGUUUAUGGUGCGGAGACAAAGGAAGCAAUUGACAAUUACUGUUCUUCUUUAAGGAGAAAAAAGUCUAGUGGAACCAUGUCACAAACUGUUCCUCGUGAAAGCGAUGAAGAAAACAUGUAGAUGAGGGCCAUGGUUAUUUCAAAUGGCAUAUACUCCUAAUUUGCUUUACAAUUGAAUAGUGUAGAUCAUCAAGAUUAUCAAGAGAUUGGGCGAUUGGCUGCUUCUGUCCGAAAGGAAUUGCCAGUGUUGUAGAAGUAGGUUCACAUACACAGUUGCAAGUAUUUUGGCUGCCCAAUUGUUCUGCAUAUCUUCCUAUAUGGUGAAGCUGAUUCAGAAGUGUUGUACUUUGAUUUGUAACUGGUAGUUGUACCCCACUAUUUUUUGGGCGAUCUUAAGGAAUUGUACAACAGAGGAACCCCAAACUGAUUAGUAAUUUCUGAGUUCAUAUUAUUUGCUGCAUUUGUUUGCAGAUUCA